GCCUUGACAACUGUCGAAUACAGACGAUUAAAAAUAAAACUUUGGAAAGUUAUUCGCGUGAUACCUGAACUAGCUGUGUAAUUAACUUUUCGUAUGGUGUUUAAUUUAUUUUAAUUUCGAGUUGAGUGUUUUUACAUGGAUUUUAUGUGUAUGUGAUAUACUUUUAUAAAAUAAAACAUGAUUAUUGAGAACCCAGACGCGUUUAAGAGUUGGUUGACGUCCAUAUUGGAACCCCUUUGCGAUGCAGACCCUCCGGCGCUCGCUAAAUACGUGUACGCUCUCGUCAAGAAAGACAAGCCUCUCGACGAGCUCCGAGAAGGAAUGUUGGAUCAGCUCGACGUGUUCCUUCAACAAGAGACAAAACCUUUUGUCGACAUGCUGUUCAAGACUCUCGAAACUCAGGAGUACCUCAAGGAGGUCGAUGUUGAGAAGAAGGAACCGUCUCCACCCCCAGAACCAGUUGUGUCAGCAGAGAAGGAAAAUGAGGAGGAAAAUCAUGCUGAAUAUGAAUGCUAUAAUGUUUUAUAUAUUUCAGUCCCCGUGUCUGCAGCGGUGCCAGCAGAGAAGCCGGUAGCGCGGCCUCGGGCAGACAGCGCCGGACACCGCACCGUGGUGCCACGGUCCCGGGCCCACACCGAACAAACACUCGUUAAGGUGUUGCCAACCGAGCUUCUAGAAGAACCAGUGGAUCCUCCCCGAAGAAGAGACAGAAGGACUGAUUCGGGCCGCGACAAGGACGAGCGCCGCCGCCGCCGCUCGCACUCGUGGGAGCGCCGCGGCCGCGCGCGCCGCCCGCCGCGCGCCGAGCACGAGCGCAGGUGCGGCAGGAUAUCGCGAUCGCCGUCGCCUCGUGGCCGCUAUCGCAACCGGAGCCCGCCCGCCGCCGACAGACACACGAGCCGGUCACGGUCAAGAUCACCAGCCCUCCGAGAACGAGAACUGGAGAGGGAAAGAGUACGGCCUCAGAGAGAGUUAGAGAGAGAUAGGAUGUCGAGGGAUAGAGAACACAGGGAUAGGAUAUCCCGCUCGAGGGAUAGGGAACGGUCUCGCGACCGUUCGAUGUCGCCGCCUGGAACACGCCUGGAGCACGCAGAUUCGUACCGACGCAGGUGUAGGGAUUUCGACGUGAAGGGCUACUGCAUGCGCGGCGACCUGUGCGAGUGGGACCACGGCGCGGACCCCGUGGUGCUGGAGGACGCCGCGCUGUCCCGCGUGCUGGCGCUGCCGCCCGCGCCGCUGCCCGCGCCCGUGCCCGAGUACAAUCCCGCGGCACCCGACAUCUGGGGAGGAGGCGUAGUGGGUUACGCUCCGCCCGCGCUUCCACCUCCUAGAAUGGCGACGAGGGAACUUGUACCCAUACCAAGGGUGAGGCACGAGGCGGGCCCCCCCCCUCCGCGGCACGCGCCCCCCGGCAAGAAGAGCUUCGACUACAACAGGCUCGGGACAACAAGGCCGCCGCUACCCGCUAACGCAGCGAAUUGCUCGCUGGAAGUAAAGAAAGUACCUCGAGGACUCAACGAUAUCACACAUCUAAAUAAUCACUUCAGCAAGUUUGGGAAAAUUGUUAACAUACAGGUGUGCUACGAAGGAGAUCCCGAAGCAGCCAUCAUAACAUUUUCAAAUCCGACUGAAGCCAACGUAGCCUACAAGAGCACCGAAGCUGUGCUCAAUAACAGAUUUAUCAAAGUUUUCUGGCACAACCCCGAGAAUAAACAAGAGAAUACGGCGCCGGGCGGCCAGCAGCCGAACAAACCGACCGACAGUCAGAACCACCUCAUGUCUCACAACAAGGUCCUCAUCAACAGGGAAAACAUCAAAGCUACCGCCGACAUCAAACAGGCCGAAAAGGCCAAGGAGACGUCCAACGGCCAGCAGCCGGCGCUGGUGAACAAGCCGGCGGUGAAGGCCGGCAACAAGCAGGUGGUGGAGGUGCACCGCCGCGCGCAGGAGCUGCUGCGGACCCAGCUGCAGCAGCAGCGGCUGCUCAUCCAGCGCCUGGAGAGCGGCAAUGUGACAGAACAACAAAGGGACGCUCUGCUGAAAGCUAUUAACGCGGCUCAAGAGGGCAUCGAGAAACUUAGCAAGGAAUUGAUUGCCAAUAACGGCAUGCUGAAGCAAAUACAGGACGAGUCGGUGGCAAGGUCGAUGUCUCGGCUCCAACUCGAUCAGGUGAACGCUAAGAAACCGAAAACGUUGCAAGAGGUACAGAAGGACAUACUGGACGCCGAGUUAGAUAUAAUAACGAAACAACAGGAGGGUCAGGAUGUGACGGAACUGGCCAAGAAGAUAGCGGAUAUGAGGCGUCAGAUGGCGCUCCAGUACCCCACGUUCCCGACCCCGAGGAGGGCGCACUCCAGGGGCGGCCGCUUCAGCGCGUCGCUGCGCUAUCAGCGCGGGGCGAAGGCGUACAGCGUGAACCAGUCGGUGGACCACCGGCCGCGCACCCUGCUGGUCUCCGGCUUCGAGCCCGAGGAGCUGGACAGCGUCACGGCGCACUUCGCGCAAUUCGGCGAGAUCGCGGCGAGGCAAGCGGACGCUACCGUGCCACAGCUACUGCUGCAGUUCCGAGCGCGCGCCGGCGCCGAGCUGGCGGCCGCGCGGGCGAGGCUCUUCGGGGACCGCACGCUCUCGAUCACAUGGGUAUCGAACAACAAGGCGCUGACCGCCGCACCCGCACAGAAUGGAGACUCCGCCGAACACAAGGACACCGAGAAUCAAAAGGAACCGACUUCCGACCCGCUCCGUUUCGACGAGGACGAAGAGGACGAAGAGGACCGCUCCUGGAGGCGUUGA